AUGAUCCGAAUAGGAGGAACCUUAGCAUCGAGACCCCUGAGCAGGUGUCGAAGGUUAUACUCUCAUACUCCUUUUGAUGAGUACCUAGACUUUUCUCCCGGUAAGCCACCCUUGGAACCAGAAGAUCCUGCACGCAUUAAUCACGAUCCUUUCGAUUUUUCGGACAUCCCAAUUAUCAAGGAUGAGAGUGAUUUACUUUCAUCAGGCCUCACUACACCCAGUAACACACUCUUGAAUGAUACAAACUUGUCUAUGAGUUCGGACUCUGUGUUGCAGGAACCUAUCACCAUGACUACAAAAGACUUCAUGAAGAAACUCAAUAUAGCCCGUUCAGAUCAAUCUUUUGAUGAGCAGAGACUCAAGCGGUUUAGCUUAUUCUUGCAUACCGAUACUCAAAGCCGCCAAUAUAAUACAAGACUGCAAGACAUUGCAACCAUUAGAAAUCCGUUAACGGUUAUCAGCGAGUUCAACAAUCCAAGACUCAAUCUUGCCAUAGAGAAAUAUGUUUACGACCAGAUGCCAGAUCCCUUGGGUAAUGCAAGGUCACGAAGACUGGUUUUAUAUAAGAACUCUCCUUGCGUGGUCAUUGGCAAAAAUCAAAAUCCUUUCAGAGAAGUAAACUUUAGAGAGGCCACUAUUCGUGGAAUUCCAAUACUGAGGAGGUUCAGCGGUGGAGGAACUGUGGUUCAUGAUCUCGGAAAUUUCAAUUUUUCUUACAUGAGUAGCAGACAAUCAUUUAGCAGAGUUGAGUUUACAAAUGCACUGAAUAACGAGAUUAAUCAGUUCGUUGGUCUCGAUAUUGGCUAUGAUGCACCUAAAUUUCCGCUCACGACAAAUGACCGUGGAGACAUUGUCAGCAGCAACAGCUUAAAGAAGGUCAGUGGCUCUGCCUACCAGGUUUCUAGAGGUAAAUCACUGCACCAUGGAACAAUGCUCCUCAAGUCGGAUCUUAAGAGGCUUUCUGCUUUGUUGAAGCUGACCGAAAAGCGUAAAGCUUCCAUCCAGGACAAAAGCACUGACUCGAUUCCUAGCCCGGUGGAAAAUCUGGAAAUGAGCGAUACACUGUUCCAAUUUUGCGCUGCGGAGGCGUUCAAAAAAUUGCAUCCGACGGACGGGAUUGAGGACAUGGUGUACGACAAUCUUCUUGUCCAGGGAGACAGCCAUAUUCUCAAACUCAACGAGGUAAAUGAUCUUCCUGAAGAGGUUUUGGAAAUACAACAGGAACUUUCUACAUGGGAAUGGACCAUCGGAAAAACUCCGAAAUUUCAGCUGAUCGUCGAUGAUGACGAAUUCCAGUAUCAGAUUACUGUGGAAAAAGGCUUAAUUACCGAGAUUGAUUCCGCAGAGCCAGAGUUGGAAAAAUUGGUCGGGUUUCCGUUCAGUAGUGGGAAGAUAUCUCAUGUCCUGGCAGAACCCUUGAGAAGCCAUGUUAUGUGGCAUGUCGACUCAAACACGAAUUAUGCGCAGUUAGGGAUCUCAUGA